AUGGCUCGCCAUGUAUCAGAGUCUCCUGUGAGGCACAGGCAGUCUCCUCGCCGUAGAAGUCCAUCUAGAAGAGAAGAAUCUUUGCAAAGUCGUAGUUCUAGGUCUCCUUCACCACGGACUAAGAGACUGAGAAGAGCUCAAGGCGAGAGAGAGGUUGGGAGAAGUAGAGAAAGAGAGGACGAGAAGCAUAACAGUAGAAGAAGGGAGAAGAGCAGCAGUCGGGAAGUUGAAAGGGAAAGGGAUGGAGAAAAGGAAAUUAGAAAUAGGGACAGGGAGAGAAGAAGAGAUGGAGAGAAUGAGAAGACGAGAGACGUAAGAGAUAGGGAAAUCGGGAAUCAGAGCAGACGCUCAGGGAGAGACGAAACUGAUGAAAGGAGGGCAGGAACAGACGAUGAGAGACACUCUCGAGGAAGGCACGAGAGGUCUUCUUCACUGUCAGAUAGAAGUCACACGCAAGAGGUGUCUAAUGCAAGACGGGGCGACGAGGAACUCAUCAGCGAAGAAGAUUCAAUUGCGAGAAUGAGAGCAGCUGAAGAAGCUCUGGCAGCGAAGAAAAAGGAAGAACCAUCUUUUGAGCUAUCCGGGAAACUUGCAGAAGAAACCAACAGAUACAGAGGUAUCACGCUCUUGUUCAGUGAGCCCCCAGAGGCUAGAAAACCCAGCCAGAGAUGGAGAUUAUAUAUUUUCAAGGAUGGUGAGCCACUGAAUGAGCCACUCUACCUCCAUCGCCAAAGCUGCUAUCUCUUUGGACGUGAGAGAAGAGUCGCCGACGUUCCUACUGAUCACCCAUCUUGCAGCAAGCAGCAUGCUGUUAUUCAGUACAGGGAAGUGGAAAAGGAGAAACCAGAUGGUAUGAUGGGUAAAGAAGUGAGGCCUUACAUUAUGGAUCUUGGCAGUACCAAUAAGACUUACAUCAAUGAAAGUGCUAUUGAACCACAACGCUACUAUGAGCUUUUCGAGAAAGAUACCAUAAAAUUUGGCAACAGCAGCCGAGAGUACGUACUAUUGCACGAGAAUUCUGCCGAGUGA